CUCGUUUUCCUUUAAGAUGGGCGAGUCUCCGCCGUUUUGGUUGUCGUUGGACACAACUGUGCUUCGCAUCCAUCGUUGAUAUUUGCAAUAAUGGGUUUAGCGGUACUGCUGCUCACGGCCUUUGUCGGCCUGGCCCAAGGGCUGGCGUCGACAGAUACCAUAACCUGGGGCGGUGAUAACUCUAGGGCCGGAUACCAAACGAAUCACAAUAUGGAUCCCUCUGUCGUGGGGAGCUCUUCGUUUGGCCAAUUGUUCCAGACCCUCCUUCCUGGCGUCUACGGCGGUGCGGCCGAGCAAAUCUUCUCCCAGCCUCUCGUCUAUACCCCCAGUGGUGGGACAAAGCAGUACGUGUAUGUGGCAACUACACAAAACAAUGUCUACAAGCUCGAUGCAAAGACCGGCGCGAUCCUGGCCUCGAGGAAUCUGCACAUUCCCUUCUUGGCUGCCGAUCUCGAUGGAUGUGUCGAUAUUAACCCCAACAUUGGCAUCACUGCUACUGGUGUCAUCGAUCCUGACACCGAUACCAUUUAUUACACCUCAAAGACAUAUGCCAAUCAAGCUGUGUUAAAUACACCUCAGGGUCGUCCUGCCGGCCGAUACUUUAUCCACGCUUUGGAUGCCAAUGAUCUCAGCGAGAGACCCAACUUCCCGGUUCCCUUGGAAGGAAUCAUCGCCCGCAACAGCGAUGUGCGAAUGUUUAAUGGAGGCAUUCACCACCAGCGCACUGCAUUGCUACACACUGGCCAGUUCAUUUACGCUGGAUUUGCGUCGCAUUGUGUUCAGUAUAACUUUACCGGCUGGAUCAUCGGUUGGGACAAGACAAGUGGCAAGUUGGUUGAAUACUAUGCCAUGGAAGGCAAAGGCGUGCCCAACGAUAUUCGUGGUGCAGGAGUUUGGAUGUCUGGUGGAGGUAUCGCAUCUGACGAUGCUGGCUCUAUUUGGUAUGCCACCGGCAAUGGCUACGCGUCACAGUUGUCCAACGUCCCUGUCAAGGGGUUUAAUCCUCCCACUUCACUAGAAGAAGCCGCCGUCCACAUGACGGUCAACUCUGAUGGCAGCCUAAACCUGAUUGACUUCUUCAUGCCAUGGGAGAAGCAAGCUUUAGAUGGCGCUGAUAGAGAUCUGGGUACGAGUCCUCUUGAGAUCCUUCCAAGUGAAUUUUCCUGCGGCGAUAUAAAGCGCAUCGGAGUUGUCACCGGAAAGAGUGGCAAGACGUAUUGGCUCAAUAUGGACAAUCUGGGAGGUUACAGAAAUGGCCCUAACAACUUGGACGCUGCUAUUCAAGUCUAUCAGAACGAUAACUCUGUCUACGCUGGCGCUGGCGUCUAUCCUCUGGAGGGUGGCUAUAUAUACAUCAACGUUAUUCAACAUCCAUCUAAUGUCUUCAAAUUCUCUUGUGAUGCCGGCGUUCCUUCAUUUACCAAGGUCGCUGAGAGCCCUGAGACCAACGCAUAUAUUCUCGGUGUUAGCCAUGGUACAACAACCUCUCUCAACGGGCAGCCAGGAACAGGUCUCUUUUGGGUGACUGAUGUGCAAGGUCUGAAUCUCCGCAUUUAUGAUGCUAUUCCCAACAAUGGCAAGCUCAAUAUGAUCAACUCGUUCAACAUCCCCGGUGUCAUGAAAUUUACUCGACCUGUGUUUGGCGAUGGAAUUGUGUACGUCGGGACCAACCAAGGCCUUUUCUAUGGCUUUGGAUCACCCGUUAACGCGCCUCUCAACUGCACCUCGCCCGUUGCGUUUGGUAAUGUUAAUCUCAAAGCAACCAGCGACCCGCAGUCCGUCAAGUGCACAGCCUUGAUCGACCUAACCGUUACCGGCAUUGCGCUUGAUUCUAAGAAAGAUUACAGCAUCUCAAGCCUUCCCACCACGCCGCUUCAGUUGGCCAAAGGUGAUUCUUUUACCAUCCAGGCCAGCUUUAGUCCUACCACCGUUGGCCUCAUCUCGAAUGAUGUUGUCGUUAAUACCACAAACAAUGUUGCUGGCUACAGUCCCAAUACUCACGCUCGAUUAACCGGCACUGGACAGAGCGCUGGCCCACUCCUAUCAAUUGCCCCAACUACAAUUACCUUCCAAGGCAUUGUCACUGGGCAGAACCCUGAUGGCGUCACAGAGACCAUGAUACUCACCAAUCUUGGGAAUGGGCCCCUUACUUUCCAAAGUGUCCGGUAUUCUAACAUUAGCUCCACUGGUCCAUGGCAAACGUGGAACGGCUCGGGUAACUUAACAGCUGGUAAAUUCCUUGUGCAGAACAUCCCCUCUUCCAUUGCAGCUGAAGGGAGCUCUACUAUACAGAUUACGUUUGAUGGCUCUGAAAGCGGCACCUUUUCUGGCUUUGUGAUGUUUGUUUCUGAUGGUGGUAACCAGACAAUUUCUAUAGCUGGCUCCUCUGGCCCCGCCGCCGUUGCGCUACUCGAAUUUCAGACUCCUGAUGCGUCUGGCUGGGUACCAUACGUUAAUGGAACUCCUUUCACUUUUGGAAACGUCACUGAGAACAACGAGCGCUCACUCAAGUUUCGCGUUACUAAUAAGGCACCGGAAGGCGGUGUCAGCCUCUCUCUUACUGUCUCCAAGCCUCCUUUUGGUCUUGCUGGUCUCAUUCGAGCCGUCAAUCAGGUCGAUCUUGCUGAAGGAACGUCCUUGGCUCCGGGUGAGAGCGCAAAUGCUACCCUCACGUGCACUGUCCCCAAAUCGCAAUGGAACGUCGAUCCUUAUAACGGGACAGCGCCUUGGACAAUGAAUACCAACGAUCCGAAGUUCGGAAAGCAGUUUAUACAAUUCUUUUGCCAAGCCGUCUCAGAACAGGCUCCUCCUCUAUUGCCCAACAGUGACCAGGGCCGAUAUCGUUACAUUGGAUGUUUCAAGGAGAACAACCCAGGCCGUCAACUGUCUACUCAGCUUUACGGAAAUGAUAAUAAUACCAACGCCAUGUGCAUUUCAGCAUGCGCCGAGCAGAACUUUGCAUACUGCGGAACACAGUAUCAUACAGAGUGCUGGGCAGGAAAUACGAUUCCUAUUCUCAAGGUUGAUGACUCUAAUUGCAACUACUAUUGCGGUGGAGAUAUUAACCAAGUUUGUGGUGGAAACGGCGACGGCACGGAGGCCUUUAUUUCUCUUUUUGCCGAUUCCUUGUCUACGAAUUCGACGACCCCUCCACCACCGACUGGUGGUCCCGUGGUAAAUCCUGGUGUUGACGGUUAUGUCAGCAUUGGAUGUUAUACUGAAGCUACCAAUGCACGCGCUCUUCCUUAUGAGCUUGAUACGGAUAAGCGAACUGUAAAAGAAUGUGUAGACGCUUGCAAAGCUAGCAAUUACACCUAUGCUGGCGUCGAAUACGGCGGAGAGUGCUGGUGUGGUGAUUCAUUUGGCGAUGGUUCCGUUUCUGCCCCUAUUACGGAUUGUGGCAUGACCUGCAAUGACAACUCCACAGAGUAUUGUGGUGGCUCUAACCGCCUCAACGUUUACAAACUCGGCACUACUGUUAUUUCUACAACAACUUCAGCCGUAUCUAGCACAGCUACCACUGUUCCUCCUACUAAUGGAAGUACGACUGUGAUCGCCACAAGCACUGACACUAGUAUUUCUAGCACUAGCAUCUCGUCCAGCAGCCCAACCCCUACAGGACCAUCAGUCAACCCCGGAUUGGAUGGCUAUUCCAGUAUUGGCUGCUUUACUGAAGCUACGGAUGCGCGGGCUCUCGCCAACUUUAUAGACACUACCAACAAGACUGUCGCAGAUUGUAUAGAGGCGUGCAAGGCAGACAGCUACAUCUAUGCUGGCCUUGAGUACGGUGGAGAGUGCUGGUGUGAUAAUUCAUUCGCAAAUGGGUCUGUUCCUGCUCCGAUUGGGGAUUGCGGCAUGACUUGUGAUGGUAACUCGACUGAGUUUUGCGGCGGUUCGGAUCGACUCAACGUUUAUCAGCUUAAAGGUAUUCCGGUUACAAGCUCUGCUCCCGCGACUGCUGCCUCUUCAACCCUCAGCCCUCCAACUACUGUCCCUCCGACUACAAGCUCGGGGACGGCUACGUCUAUUCCCACUCCCACCGGCCCUGCAACCAAAAAGAUUGUGAACAACUACAUAUUUCAAGGGUGCUGGGACGAGCCGCCUAAUGAUCGUGCCAUCAUUGACCAGAUGUAUGCGAACGACUCGAUGACACUCGAGUCCUGCGCCACUUUUUGCAAAGGGUUUACUUAUUUUGGAACCGAGUAUGGAAGAGAGUGCUACUGUGGCAAUGUUUUGAAGGAAGGCACUGUCAAAGCUACCAACCAAGGGGACUGUUCGUUCCCUUGUGCUGGAGACAACACAGAAUUCUGUGGCGCGGGAUUUAGACUCGAGUUAUACAAGCUCUCGUCCAACGCUACAGCUACGACUGCAAAUUCAGGGUUUGGCACCUCAAUAGCUCCCAAGAGCUCUGGAGCAGCUACUACUAUUUCAGAAGCAGCUACUUCAUCUGCGCCGUCUGCAUCACCAUCUCCGACUGGUCCUGUUAUUUUCCAUGGCAAUAAGAACUUUACCUACUAUGGAUGCCUGGCAGAGCCUUCGGAAGGUAAACUGAUGGACAACCAGGUUUAUAACAAUGACACGACUAUGACACCGCAAGUCUGCUUAUCUCACUGUGGGCAGUAUAAGUACGCUGGUGUUGAGUAUGGUCAAGAGUGUUGGUGCGGCAAUACUCUGAAUCUUGCGGGCUGGGCCGAUUCUACACCAGGCAAGAACGUAUCAAGCUCCGAAUGCAAUGUUGUGUGUCCUGGAAAUGCUACAGAAUAUUGUGGUGCUGGAAACGUGCUUCAGCUGUAUGUGAAGAAGACGUUUGUGAGUAAACGAUGGCGGAAAUGAGAUGGGUAUGAAAGGUGAAAAUAAUAUGAAUGACAAGGGAAGUCUCUUUCUCUGCGUAGAUUAGCUUGUGUUAUUUAUUAUAUGGAUUUUAUCGGUUAGUGAUUGGGUAUGAUUGGUGUUAGGUAUAUACGACGGGAAUAAUUGGCAUAUAUAAAGUAUAGGCUUUCUAUUAGGAAGACUGCAAGUAGAUAGUGUGCAAUAUAUGGUCACUUUAUACUAAUGUUCU